CGGCUUGAAACCACAGUCAUGGCGGAAUCUUUCUUUCAGAGGGGGGUAACAAAUAUUGUAACACCGUCGAGUAGCUGCACGUAUUGCACUCUUUAUAAAUAAGAUGGGUGAGGUGUCUGCAGAGAGUAUCACCCUGGAUCUUCUAUUAGACGCCAGGGAGACAGUGAGGAGAAGCCCACUGGGUGUCAUCAACACCCCCAUGAUCCUCUGGAGCCAGACCACCCUGCCUGUCAACAAUGCCCAAAGUAUCCAUAUUAAACUAGAGAACAUGCAAAGAACAGGGUCUUUUAAAAUUAGAGGUGUGGCCAAUCAGUUUGCCAGGAGGCAGACAGGCGGCAAUUUUGUCACCAUGUCCGCAGGGAAUUAUGGCAAGUCGUUUGCAUAUGCGUCAAAGCACUACGAGUCCAAAGGCAAAGUGGUCAUGCCGGAAACUGCCCCCAUGUCCAGAUCGGCCCUCAUAGAGAGUUUUGGCGUGGACGUGGAGCGAGUUCCUACUUCCUGUCUGAUGAAUGUGGUGAACCGUUGCGUCCAGGAGGACGACAUGACCUUCCUGCACUCCUACGAUGACCUGGAUCUCAUCGCGGGACAUGGCAGUUUAGGUCUGGAGGUCCUGGAGGUGGUGCCAGAGCCUGAUGUGGUGGUGGUAUGCUGCGGAGGAGGGGGGCUGCUGGCCGGAGUAGCUGCUGCACUCAAACUAUCGGGACGCGACAAGACCAGAAUCUACGGCGUGGAACCAGAAGGAGCCUGCACCAUGUACAAGAGCUUCCUGGAGAAGAAGCCGGUGGGCAUGGACACAAGUAGCAUUGCGUCAGGGCUGGCACCGCCAUUUGCAGGUACGCUGCCCUACGAGCUGUGCCGGCGCUAUGUGGAGGAAAUCGUCCUGGUGAGCGACGAUGAAAUCAAGGCGGCCGUGUCCACCCUGUACCGAGCGGGUCUGGUGGUGGAGCCGUCCGGUUCGGCCGCCUUCGCUGCAAUCAAUGCGGGGAAAAUACCUCGACUGGAAGGGAGCGACGUCGUGUGCAUCUUAAGCGGGGGCAAUAUCGGAAAAGACGAGCUCGGAAACUUCCCAGAUUGACAGAUGUGUGAUUCGCUCGGUCAUAGAAUCACUAACUUGAUUUUUUU